AUGACACAACAAUUUACCGUGGGGGUGUUGGCUCUACAGGGAGCCUUCGCUGAACAUUUGGCUCAUUUGGCUCGUGCCGCUGACGAGUCUCCCAUCCUUCACAAACACACCUUCUCGUUCGUCGCUGUGAGAACCCCAGAGGAGCUCGCCAAGUGCCAUGCCUUGGUCAUUCCCGGAGGCGAGUCUACAGCAAUGUCUUUGAUUGCCGAAAGAGCCAAAAUUCUCGAGCCUCUUCGGCAGUUUGUCGCUGAAAAGCCCGUUUGGGGCACCUGUGCCGGUCUAAUCUUCAUGGCCUCCUCCAUCACCAACGCUAGACCUCACCAGCACGCCUUGGGUGGUCUUGCCGUUCAGGUGGCUCGUAAUGCCUUCGGCAGACAGCUUGGCUCCUUCCUGUGCAACAGUGACUUUUCAGCUUUUGCGCCGCUGCUCAAGUCCUUCAACACCGUCUUCAUUAGAGGACCUGUGGUUUCUGCGGUGGCUUCCAAGGGUCAAUGGAAGGAAGUUGGACCCGAGCUUGAGCACAAGGCUUUGUUGGAGGCUGCCACAGUUGUUGAGGCUGAAUGCAAAAACGAGGCUCCGGUGGAGAUUUUGCACGAGUUGGACAACGGCUUGGUUGUAGCUGUGCGCCAGGGCAAGAAUUUGGGCACUUCAUUCCAUCCUGAGCUUGCCAACGAUGCUCUGUUCCAUGCUUGGUUCUUAGAGGAGUUUGUGGUUGGCGAGGUUCAGGCCUGA